UUUACCUUUUAAACAUAUAAUAAAUUUUAUUAAGAUAAAAAGUAUUAUUUUGAUGAAUUAUGGCAUUUCAUUUUUCAUGGAAUAAGGAGUUUUCACCAUUAUUUAUAGCAAAAACAAGUUCUCUUCUUGAUUACGCUCUUAAUAAAUGUACAAAAAUACCUAUUAUUGUGGAUAAAAUUGAUAUAAAAGAGCUAAAUAUGGGAUCAAUACCGCCGGAACUGGAGAUUUUAGAGAUUGGAGAUCUUGCAGAGGACAGGUUUCGUGGGUUAUUUAAGUUAAAAUAUGCGGGAGAUGCAUAUAUUGUAUUACAGACUAAAGUUCAAAUUAAUCCUUUAAAUACAAGAAAAAAGAUGUAUCCGAAGUUUACAUGGAGGGGGGUACUUUCGGCGGAUGCGCCAUUGAUUGUUCCUAUGUUUUUACGUUUAUCGGAUUUUAAACUAUCAAGUAUUGUUAUUUUAGUAUUUUCCAAGGCAAAGGGAGUUACGUUAGUUUUUCGAAAUGAUCCGGUUGAAUCGGUAAAGGUUUCUAGUACAUUUGAUAGUAUUCCGGUUAUUGCGCAAUUUUUACAGAAAGAAAUUGAAAAACAACUACGUAUAUUCUUUCAGGAGGAACUUCCGGCUAUUAUUCAUAAAUUAUCAGUAUCAUUUCCAUGUAGUUCAACGAAUAAGGAUGAUUUAGGUCAAUUUAGUACAGUUCUAACAAACGAGAUGCCUAAAACCGAUGAAUCAACACCUCUUAUAAGAUUAGCAGAUAUUAAUCCGGAAUAUCCUAUUUCUAUGACAAGUAUGUUACGUUUAGCGGCAUUAGCAUCAUCUCAAAAGACAUUUUCGCCAUUUACACCAUCUAUUAGUCAAGCAAUUUAUAGAUCAAAUCAUCUUUUAUCAAUUGUACCGAAUAUAAAUUAUGCCAAAUAUCCGUUAUUAUUUAACAGUCCUGAUUUUGGUCCAGAAAUAUCUUGUAUAUAUACACAUCCUUCAACUCAUGCUAUAAAGACACAAAAUACUCGACAAAAUUUAAGCUUACGUCAAAUUACUCUUUUAAAUAAACGAAGAACUCAAAAAAAACAUAAUGUGAUAUGUAUACGUUCAGAUUCAUUAAUUUUUCCUAAUUCUCAAUCUACUCGAACAUUGCCACUCAAAGAAAACAAAAAUCUAUUCAUUAACAAAUAAAACAUAAUACAUUCGAUGGCAUUAAGGAAAAAAAAGGUCAAAUAAA